AUGUCUUUUCACAGUAUGGCUGUGUAUCGGGGGAUGCUGACCGCUCUCUUUUGUCUUGCAUCUCAGGAGUUUGCUGCGCUGACCAAGGAGCUGAACGUCUGCAGGGAGCAGCUGCUGGAGAAGGAGGAGGAGAUCUCAGAGCUCAAAGCCGAAAGGAACAACACGAGGCUGCUGCUGGAACAUCUGGAGUGCCUUGUGUCACGACAUGAGAGGUCUUUGCGGAUGACGGUGGUGAAGAGGCAGGCACAGUCCCCUUCAGGCGUCUCCAGUGAAGUGGAGGUCCUCAAAGCUCUCAAGUCCUUGUUUGAACACCAUAAAGCCCUGGAUGAGAAGGUACGAGAGCGGCUACGGGUCUCACUGGAGAGAGUGUCUGCACUGGAGGAGGAGCUCACCGCAACCAACCAGGAGAUUGUGGCCUUACGAGAGCAGAAUGCACACUUCCAGAGGAAAGUGGCCGCUGGAGAAGGAGAGGACUUACUGGACGUCACUGAUAUUCCACAGAAGCUACCAGCCAAGAGAAUAUCCAACGGUCUGGAGUCGGCCCAUGAGGCGAGUCAGGUGGUGGAGCUGCAGGACCUCCUGGAGAAGCAGAACUAUGAGCUGGCACAGAUGAAGGAGCGCAUGUCCUCUCUCUCCUCCCGAGUGUCCGAGGUGGAGCUAGAGCUGGAGACUGCUCGCAAAGACCUCAUUAAGUCAGAGGAGAUGAACAACAAGUACCAGAGGGACAUCAAAGAGGGUAUGUGUCAAAAAGAGGACAUGGAGGAGAGAAUUGUGACCCUGGAAAAGCGCUACCUGAGUGCCCAGCGAGAGUCCACUUCUGUGCACGACGUCAAUGACAAACUAGAAAAUGAGUUAGCCAAUAAAGAAGCCUUCCUCCGUCAGAUGGAAGAAAAGAACAGGCAGCUGCAGGAGCGACUGGAGCUGGCGGAGCAGAAGCUGCAGCAAACCAUGAGAAAAGCCGAGACGCUGCCGGAAGUGGAGGCCGAGCUGGCCCAGAGGAUAGCAGCUCUAACUAAGUGUGACUCCAGCUCAUCAUCUUCACCUGAUGAUUAUCAUUUUGUUGUGGAGGCUAAAAUCCAAGACAUGAACAGCAUUCUUAGGAAGGCGGAGGAGCGGCACGGGAGCAUUGAAGAGAGGAUGAGGCACUUGGAAUGCCAGCUGGAGGAGAAGAACCAGGAGUUGCUCCGGGCAAGACAAAGAGAAAAGAUGAACGAAGAGCACAACAAGCGUUUGUCCGACACAGUGGACAGACUUCUGACCGAGUCCAACGAGCGUCUGCAGCUGCAUCUGAAGGAGAGGAUGGCUGCUCUGGAGGAGAAGAAUUUGUUAAUCCAUGAUUCAGAAGGCUACAGAAAACAGUAUGAGGAAUCAAUCCAUGAAAAAACACAUUUGGCCGAGGAAAUAGACAAACUCAGAUCAGAACUGGACCAAUUCAGACUGAGAGGAGGCUCACUCACAGAACCCUCCCUUUCAAGAUCUCACCUGGAUACGUCCGCGGAGCUACGGUUUUCUCUCGGGUCUCUGGCUGAAACUCAGUCAGAUCAUUAUCAUUCAGCCAAGGUCAUCCGCCGGCCCAGGAGAGGCAGAGUGGGUCUGCAAGAAACAAAGGCCAAAUCUCUGGGGGAUCAUGAAUGGCGGUCGCAGCAGCUCGGGGUGCUUGGGGGGCAUCACUUUGAGAGCGAUACGGAGAUGUCGGAUAUCGAUGACGACGACAGAGAAACACUUUUCAGCUCCAUGGAUCUGCUUUCCCCCGGGGGUCACUCUGACGCUCAGACUCUGGCCAUGAUGCUGCAGGAGCAACUAGACGCAAUCAACAAGGAAAUACGAUUAAUCCAGGAAGAGAAAGAGUCGACAGAGCUGCGGGCUGAAGAGAUUGAAAACCGUGUCGCCAGUGUGAGCCUGGAGGGCCUGAACUUGGCUCGAAUGCACCACCAUGGAGCCUCUAUCACAGCCUCUGCCACCGCGUCCUCCCUCGCCUCUUCAUCGCCCCCUAGUGGACGCUCCACCCCCAAACUAGACCACCGAAGUCCUGCACGAGACAUGGAACGCAUGGGUGUCAUGACACUGCCAAGUGAUCUAAGGAAACAUAGAAGAAAGAUUGCAGAAGAAGAUGGUCGUGAGGACAAGGCCACAAUAAAGUGUGAGACAUCUCCUCCCCCAACGCCCCGCACCGUCCGCAUGACACACACACUGCCAAAUACUUCGCACAAUGAUGCACGAGGGAUUGUGGCCUCUCUGGAGGCUGAGGCAGGCACCCUGAGCAGCGUAGGAAGCAGCCAAGACUCCCUUCACAAGCAGCCAAAGAAGAAGGGCAUCAAAUCCUCCAUCGGACGUUUGUUUGGCAAGAAAGAGAAAGGCCGGAUGGCCCAUCUGGCACACAGACAUGUGAUGGUCGAUCCACAAGCCACAAUGAUGGACCUCGACAUGUCUGGACAGGAGAUGGGCGUUAGCAAACUCGGCACUCAGGCUGAAAAAGAUCGCAGGUUGAAAAAGAAACACGAGCUUCUGGAAGAGGCAAGAAGGAAAGGUCUACCUUUUGCUCAAUGGGACGGACCCACUGUAGUUGCCUGGUUGGAGCUGUGGUUGGGGAUGCCUGCUUGGUACGUGGCUGCGUGUCGUGCAAACGUCAAGAGUGGAGCCAUAAUGUCAGCGCUUUCUGACACCGAGAUCCAGAGGGAGAUCGGCAUCAGUAACCCUCUGCACCGACUGAAGCUGCGUCUGGCCAUUCAGGAGAUGGUCUCCCUCACCAGUCCCUCAGCACCCCCCACCACCAGAACUCAAUCAGGCAAUGUUUGGGUGACCCAUGAGGAGAUGGAGACCCUGGCUGCCCCCUCCAAAACGAAAUCAAGUUUGGAUGAAGGGAGUUGGGCUCAGACUCUAGCUUAUGGGGAUAUGAACCAUGAGUGGAUUGGGAACGAAUGGCUGCCCAGUCUUGGACUACCUCAGUACCGCAGCUACUUCAUGGAGUGCCUGGUGGAUGCCAGAAUGUUGGACCACCUCACGAAGAAGGACCUUAGGGUGCACCUUAAAAUGGUGGACAGUUUUCACAGAACAAGUUUACAAUAUGGCAUCAUGUGUCUGAAAAAGCUCAACUAUGACAGAAAAGAACUGGAGAGACGACGAGAGCAUAGUCAACAUGAUUUAAGAGAUGUGCUGGUGUGGAGCAAUGAGCGGGUGAUCCGCUGGGUGCAGAGCAUCGGCCUGAGGGACUAUGCCAACAUCCUGCUGGAGAGCGGCGUCCACGGGGCCCUAGUGGCUCUUGACGAUAACUUUGACUACACUAGUUUGGCUCUGGUUCUCCAGAUACCCAACCAAAACACUCAGGCACGUCAGAUUCUGGAGCGAGAGUACAACAAUGUGCUGGCCCUGGGUACUGACCGGCGAUUGGAGGAGUGCGAUGAUAAAGACUUCAGAGGCCCUUCCUGGAGGAGGCAGUUCCCCCCGAGGGACGUGCACGGCAUCAGUAUGAUGCCAGGGUCAGCAGAGACUCUUCCUGCUGGCUUCCGGCUCACUGCAUCCGGUCACCCUCGAAGACUGCCCCCUGAUGUCCUCUAUGAGGCUCUGGAUGACAGUCCUGAUGACACAUAUCUGGACUGGUUUCAAGUCGGCCCGUCUGCAGUGCAGAGGCUGGACAGCUCCACGUUGCAGUUCUGA